GGGAAGGCUCUCUUCAUUGAAUGACUGCCACAGUGCGAUGUGGGGCUUCUGGCUGCUCCUCUUCUGGGGCUGCAGUGGUGUACACAGAUGGGGGAUGACCACACUCCCCACACUGGGACAAAGUCUGCAGGGUGUGAACGAAUGUGAAGACACUACCACGUGUCCAGCUUACGCCACCUGCACAGACACCAAGGACAGUUAUUACUGUACCUGUAAACGAGGUUUCCUGUCCAGCAAUGGACAACCCAACUUCAGGGGCCCAGGAGUGGAGUGUCAAGAUGUUAACGAGUGUCUUCAAAGCGACUCGCCUUGCGGUCCUCACUCGAUCUGCACCAAUAUCCCAGGGCGAGCCCGGUGCAGCUGUCUUAGUGGCUUCUCUCCUCCCACUGGGAACAGCUGGAUCCUGGGAAGUCCAGGUCAUUUUCUCUGCACAGAUGUUGAUGAGUGUCUGACCGUCGGGAUCUGCCCUGAUUAUUCCAACUGCUCUAACUCUGUGGGAAGCUACAGCUGCAUCUGCCAACCUGGUUUCACUCGGAAUGGCCUUGCUUGUGAAGAUAAGGAUGAAUGUUCAGAACACAAUGCUUGCCCAGAACAUGCAACGUGCCACAACACUCUUGGAAGUUAUCACUGUACAUGUGACUCAGGAUUUGAAUUUAGUGGUGGAGGGUCAACGUUCCAGGGCCUGGAAGAAUCCUGUGAAGAUGUAGAUGAGUGCUCCAGGAACUCAACUCUUUGUGGCCUCACCUUGAUUUGCAUCAACACCCCGGGUUCCUACAACUGCUCCUGCCCAUCUGGAUUCUCCUUGUCAGUUUCCCAGAUCCCUGGUCAUCCAGUAGAGAGGAACUGUAUAGAUAUCGAUGAGUGUGAUGCCGUGUGCCCUUCCAACUCAUCAUGUACUAACACUCCUGGGAGCUACUUCUGCACUUGCCACCCUGGCUUUGCACCGAGCAAUGGGCAAGUGAAUUUCACAGACCCAGAAGUGGCAUGUGAAGAUAUUGAUGAAUGCAUCCAAGAUCCAUCACCAUGUGGACGAAAUUCUGUCUGCACCAAUGUUCCAGGCUCCUACAUCUGCGCUUGCCUUCCCACCUUCCGACCAGAUCCAGAAGGAUCCCAGGCACAUGGCAACUUUAGCUGCAAAAGGAUCCCCUUCAAGUGUAAGGAAGACUUGAUACCCAACAGUGAGCAGAUACAUCAGUGCCUAGCAGGGCAAGCCAGGGAUCUUGACUAUGCCUCCUUUUGCACACUUGUGAACGCCACCUUCGGCAUCCUGGAUAACGCCUGUGAAAACAAAAGCACCCCAGUGUCCCUACAGAAUGCAACGACGAGUGUUUCCCUCAUUCUGGAGCAAGCCCCCACGUGGACUGAGCUCAGCAGGGAGGAGACAUCUGCCCUGGGCACCAUCGUGCUGGCCACUGUGGAAAGCAUCAUGUUAGCUUCCCUUCUGACACCCUCAGGGAACGUCAGCCAGACCGUUCAGACGGAGUACCUAGACAUCGAAAGCAAAGUUAUCAAGGAAGACUGCAAUGGGGAGAACAUGUCCUUUAACUUGAAAGCCAGAGGGAAUGAGAUGAAAGUUGACUGUUCCAUCAUCAAGGAAUCACAAUCCACAGGGAACCCAGGAGUGGCUUUUGUCUCCUUUGCACACCUGGAAUCAGUUUUAGAUGAACGCUUCUUUGUUGGCCAGACCUCCUGGAAGCUGAAGAUAAACUCCCCUGUUGUCGGUGGCAUCGUGACUGGGGAGAAGAAGGAGGACUUCUCCAAGACCAUUGUCUACACCCUGCAGCACAUUCAGCCAAAGCAGAAGUCUGAGAGGCCCAUCUGUGUCUUGUGGAACCCCAAUGUGGAGGAUGGAAGAUGGACACGCUCAGGCUGUGAGAUCACAAAAGCAUCUGAGACAUACACAGAGUGCAGCUGUAACCGGAUGGCAAACUUGGCCAUCAUCAUGGCUUCUGGGGAGCUCACAAUGGAAUUCUCCCUGUACGUCAUCAGCCAUGUGGGUACAGUCAUCUCCCUGGUGUGCCUCGCCUUGGCCAUAGCCACCUUCCUGCUGUGUCACGCUGUGCAGAACCAGAACACCUACAUGCACCUUCAUCUUUGUGUGUGUCUCUUCUUAGCCAAGUUCCUCUUCCUCGUAGGUGUAGACAAGACAGACAACCAGAUAGCCUGUGCCAUCAUCGCAGGAUUCCUACACUAUCUUUUCCUUGCUUGCUUCUUCUGGAUGCUGGUGGAGGCGGUGAUGCUCUUCCUGAUGGUGAGGAACCUGAAGGUGGUGAAUUAUUUCAGCUCUCGCAACAUCAAGAUGCUGCACCUAUGUGCCUUUGGCUAUGGGCCCCCAGGCCUGGUGGUCAUGAUCUCGGCCAGUGUACAGCCACAGGGCUAUGGGAUGCAUAAUCUCUGCUGGCUGAAUACGAAGACUGGGUUCAUCUGGAGUUUCCUGGGGCCAGUUUGCACGAUCAUCGUGAUCAACUCUGUUCUCCUCGCCUGGACACUGUGGGUGCUGAGGCAGAAGGUCUGCAGCGUCAGCUCAGAAGUCUCAAAGCUCAAGGACACCAGGUUGCUGACCUUCAAGGCUAUUGCCCAGAUCUUCAUCUUGGGCUGCUCCUGGGUGCUGGGCAUUUUCCAGAUUGGCUCCAUAGCAAGCAUCAUGGCGUACCUGUUCACAAUUAUCAACAGCCUGCAGGGGGCCUUCAUCUUCCUCAUUCACUGUCUGCUGAACCGCCAGAUACGAGAUGCAUAUAGGAAACUCAUCACCAGGAAGACUGAACCCAGCUCCCAUUCCCAGACUUCAGGGGUCUUACUGUUAUCUAUGCAGUCCAAUUCCAAGACGGGUUAA